UUCAAAGUCACUUCAGUCCCCUCUGUUGAGGGAACUAUGGUGGUAUAAGCUAAAGGUGGCAACUGGAGGAGCUUCUUUUUCAUGCACAAGAGGAGUUUCACAUAGAAGAAGAUGCUCCUCUUGGCAGUGCUGACAGAGCUACUGCUGGUCACUGUAGCAACAGGACCCUCAGGUUCUUUUCUUCAGGAGUCAUCAGUUUCCCGUUGCAGCCUUUUUGGGAAUGAUCACAUCAAAACCUUUGAUGGUUCUUUCUACAGUUUUGCUGGGGACUGCAGUUACCUCCUUGCUGGUGACUGUCACAAACGCUCCUUCACACUCUUGGGUAACUACAAGGAUGGGGAGAAAAUCGGUUUCUCUGUGUAUCUUGGAGAAUAUUUCAACCUUCGUUUCUUGUUGGAUGGAAAUGUAACACAGGGAGACAAAAGAGUUUCCAUACCUUUUGCUUCUAAUGGCAUAUUUAUAGAGAAGGAGGCGGGUUAUUAUAAAAUAUCCAGCAGUGAUUAUGGCUUUGUGGUGAAGAUUGAUAUCAGUGGGAAUAUUCAGAUAUUCCUUCAAGAAAAGUACUAUAAUAAGACCUGUGGGCUGUGUGGGAACUUCAAUAAAUUUGCUGAAGAUGACUUCAGAACUCAGGAAGGGAGCCUUGUGGGAAACAGCUAUGAUUUUGCAAACUCUUGGGCAUUGCGCAGUGAAAAUAAGUUGUGCAAGAGAGUGCAGGCUCCAAGCAGCAUGUGCAACGCUUCAUCUGAUGCAGAGAAGGAUGUCAUGGAAACCUGUGAGCUGCUAAAAACAUCUUUAACCUUUGCACGGUGCCAUCAUCUAGUGGAUCCAGAGCCAUACAUUCAUCUCUGUGAAAAAGACAUCUGUUCCUCUACCUACAGCAUGAAUUGUCACUGCUUAGUGUUUCUUGAUUACGCAAGGAACUGUGCUCAUGAAGGAGUGAUUUUGGAUGGGUGGCCUGAAGAGAGCUCAUGCAAGCCAAGAUGUCCAGUUGGCAUGGAGUAUAAGACAUGUAUAUCUCCUUGUGCUAAAACCUGCCAGAGCCUGGAUAUCAAUGAAGUGUGUCAUGGGCAAUGCGUUGAUGGCUGCAGCUGCCCUGAGGGGAAGCUCCUUGAUGGUGAACAUUGUGUUGAAAGCUCUGACUGUUCUUGCAUCCACUCUGGAAGACGUUAUCCUCCUGGCUUCACCAUCUUUCAGGACUGUAACUCAUGCAUUUGUCGGCAUGGCAUCUGGAUCUGCAGUAAUGGGGAAUGCCCAGGGGAGUGCUCUAUCACUGGCCAAUCUCAUUUCAAAAGCUUCGACAACAAGCACUUCACCUUCAGUGGGAUUUGCCAGUACUUAUUUGCCAAAGACUGUGUGGAAAACUCAUUUUCUGUUAUCAUCGAGACUGUCCAGUGUGCAGAUGAUCCUGAUGCUGUGUGCACUCGCUCUGCUUCUGUCCGAAUCCGAGAUAUGGACAACAGCCUAAUAAAAAUGAAACAUGGAGGAGGAAUUUCACUGAAUGGACAAGACAUACAGACCCCUUUGUUACAAGGUGCCCUUCGGAUCCAGCGUGUGGUGAGGACUUCAGUUCGCCUUACCUAUGGGGAAGAUUUGCAGAUUGAUUGGGAUGGCCGUGGUGAACUGCUGGUGAAGGUAUCUCUAAUAUAUACUGAAAGGAUGUGCGGCCUGUGUGGAAAUUACAAUGGUAACCAAGGGGAUGAUUUUCUUACUCCUUCUGGCUUGGUGGAAGUUCUUCUGGAAGAUUUUGGAAACUCUUGGAAACUCAGUGCAGACUGUCAAGACUUGUUAAAACAAGACAAUGACCCCUGCAAUCUCAAUCCUCAUUUAGCCAAAUACGCUGAGGAAUCCUGCUCCAUUUUGAUAUCUUCUGUUUUUGAACCCUGUCACCAUGAAGUCAGUCCUACUCCCUAUGUGAAGAACUGCCAUUUUGAUGUUUGCUCUUGCUUCAGUGGCAAGGAUUGCUUGUGCUCCUCUAUUACUAACUAUGCAACAGCCUGUGCUAGGAAGAAUGUUGUGGUCCAGUGGAGAGCACCUGAUUUCUGCCCAAUGACCUGUCCUGAAGGCCAAGUUUACCAGCAGUGUGGGACACUGUGCAACCAGACAUGCCGAUCUCUGUCCUUCCCAGACGAGAACUGUGAUGAAUUCUGCAUGGAAGGCUGUUACUGCCCACCUGGGCAUUACCUAGAUGAGAGUGAGGAGUGUGUACCAAAGUCCCAGUGCUCUUGUUACUAUGAUGGUGAGAUCUUCCAGCCAGAAGAUAUCUUUUCGGAUCAUUAUACUAUGUGCUAUUGUGAAGAUGGUUUCAUGCACUGCAGUAAAAGUAGAGCUCCUGGUGCCUUAUUGCCAGAUGUUUUUGCUGAUGAGAAGCCUUCUGCCAGAAUAAAAAGGAGCUUGACAUGCAGAUCACCCAUGGUAACACUUAUCUGUCCUGAAAAUAACCCAAGAGCUAAAGGGUUGGAGUGUGCCAAGACUUGCCAGAAUUUUGACCUGGAAUGCAUCAGCCAUGGCUGUGUAUCUGGAUGCGUGUGUCCGAAAGGGAUGGUGCGACAUGAGAACAAAUGUGUUGCUCCUGACAGAUGCCCGUGUUUUCACAAUGGAAGAGAAUAUACCAAGGGAGAGACAGUGACUAAGGACUGCAACACCUGUGUCUGUCAUGGUCGAAAGUGGGAAUGCACCAAAAAUAUCUGUGAUGGUACCUGCACUGUUAUUGGUGCAGCUCAUUAUUUGACAUUUGAUGGAAUGAAAUACAAGUUUCCAGGAGAAUGUCAGUAUGUAUUAGUUCAGGAUUUCUGCAAGAAUAACUCUGGGACAUUCCGGAUACUGAUUUCAAAUGAAGGGUGCAGCUUCACUGGUGAAAAGUGUACCAAAAGGGUUAUCAUUUUGUAUAAAGGUGGAGAAAUAGAGUUGCUUAAUGGAAAUGUAAACAUUAAGGUAUCUCCUAAAGACAGCAGUGACUUAGAAGUCAUGAAGUCUGGCCGUUAUUACAUCAUUUUACUGAGCAAAAGCAUCACUGUGACAUGGGAUCUUGCUAUGGGAGUCUCAGUUAUCUUAAAAGCCACUUUCAAUGAUCAAGUGUGUGGUCUAUGUGGAAAUUUUGAUGGAAUCCAGAAUAAUGAUUUAACCAGCAGCAAUGAACAUCUUGAAGUGGAUCCAGUUGACUUUGGAAACUCUUGGAAAGUUAAUACGUAUUGUGCUGAUGUCGAAAAGUUCAACUGGGAACAGGCCCUGGUGUCUCCACUGUGUAAUGACAACGUCUUGAAGCAGGUGAUGGUAGAAACAUCAUGCAACAUUCUGUCUGGAGGUCUCUUUGAAGAAUGCAAAAAACUUGUGAAUCCUGAGCCAUACAUAGAUAUUUGCAUGUAUGACACUUGUGCCUGUGAAUCUAUUGGAGACUGUGCUUGUUUCUGUGAUGCUAUAGCAGCCUAUGCACAUGUCUGUGCACAAAAAGGUGUUACUGUUCACUGGAGAUCACGAGAUCUGUGCCCACAAAGCUGUGAGAACCUAAAUAAACAAGAUUUAGAUAAUCAAUGUGAAUGGAGAUACAAUAGCUGUGGACCUGCUUGUCCUAUAACAUGCCAACACGCAGAACCUUUGAAGUGCCCUUUACAGUGUGUAGAAGGAUGCCAUGUUCACUGUCCUGCAGGGAAAAUACUUGAUGAACUGUCCCUGGAUUGUGUCAGUCCAGAAGACUGUCCAGUGUGUGCAGUUGGAGAUGUCAAGAUCCCACAUGGAAGGAGAGUAGUUUUGAGCAGAGAUCAUCCGCAGCACUGUCAAUCUUGUCUGUGUGAAGGGAAGAAUUUAACCUGUGUGUCCUGUGAACCAGUGGAAGAAAUCCUAACACUAACAACGCCUGCUCCAGAGGAGGACAGAGAACUUGCACCUAGUGAAUAUUCAUGCAGCAAGAUGAUGGACUUGGCCUUUCUAGUGGAUGGCUCCAAUAAACUGUCAGAGACGGACUUUGAACAGCUGAAGACUUUCAUAACUGGAAUGAUGAACAAACUCCACAUCUCUCAAAAGAAAAUCCGAGUGUCAAUUCUGGUAUACAGGGCUGGGCCUACAAUCUACCUUGGCCUUAAAGAUAUCAAAACACAGUCCCAGAUGAAAAAAAUUGUCCAAAGCAUAAAAUACACAGGUGAUGAAGUAGCAUCUGUUGCUGAAGUCCUUAAAUACAUUGUGUUUCAAGUGUUUGGAAAAGCAGAAAGGACUAAUGCUGCCCAAAUUGCGAUGCUAUUUCUAGCAAGCAAGUCUCCAGGAAAAGUCCGCACCAUCAUCCCAGCCUUGAAGAAUAAAAAAAUUACAGUUAUACCUGUGGGAAUUGGACCAUAUUUUAAUGUGGAACAAAUCAGAUUCAUUGAAAAGCAGUUACAUACUAGAUCCUUCCAAAUGAAUAAUGUGUUGGAGCUAAUGGAUAACAGAGAUCUCCUAAUCGAUUAUCUGUGUGAUCUUGGGCCUGCAGAAAGUUCUCCUGUGCCCACUCCAACAAUGUUUGAUGACAUAUUUACCCAGAGGGUGCUUACAGCACCACCACACUUCUCAGAAAAUACCACUACAAAAAGUCUGGACAUUGCUUUUGUUGUUGAAGGAUCUGACAAUGUAGGACAGGAAAAUUUCAAUAUCAUCAAGAAGUUCCUUGAGAAGGUGCUCACAGAAAUGAAUAUAGGACAAGAAAAUAUUCAUGUUACUGUCAUGCAGUAUUCAGACACUAUCACUCUGGAAUAUUCCUUUAGGGAAAUACAGUCUAAAGAAAGUAUUAUUGAGAAAGUGAGGAGUAUACCCUACCAAGGAGGGAAGGCCACCAACACUGGGCAUGCCCUUGACUAUAUUUCCAAACAUACAUUUACAUCAGCAAAUGGGGGCAGGCAGAAUGUGCCUCACUUGGUAUAUAUGGUGUCAUCCAAUCCUUCCACUGAUGUUAUAACACGACAUCCUACGAGUAUAAAUGUUAUUCCCAUAGGCAUAACUCCCAGUGCAAAUGUCCAUGAGCUUAGAAUGAUCAGUCAGCCUAAUAGACCAAUAAUCUUACGAAGUUACAGCACACUUAUUGAAGAAGCACCUGAAUUAGUGUUGCAGUCAUGCUGCUCUCAUAAAGCUUGGACAGAAAUACCAGAGUUGUGCAACAAACCUAUGGAUGUCAUGUUUCUUCUGGAUGGAAGUCCCAAUAUUGGAGCAUCAGAGUUUGAGGAAAUGAAAAACUUUGUACAGGCAUUUAUUGAAAGUGCUGAUAUCAGCAAUACAUCAGUUCAUGUGUCUGUUCUCCAGUAUGCCAGGGAAAAUAAUCUAGAAAUUUCACUGAACAAGCCUCAGGAGACUGAAAAUCUCAUCAAGAUGGUGCACUCAAUUAAACAGAGGGAACAAGGUCCUACCAGACUGGGCAAAGCCAUUGACUUUGCAGUUCAGAACGCGUUGUCAGAAUCCUAUGGAGGGAGACCCAAUGCAUCAAAGAUGAUAAUAGUCAUUGUGUCAGGGAAAUCAGAAGACACCAUGGAGACUGCUGCACUCACUGCAAGAAUGAACAAGGUGUCCCUGUUUCCUAUUGGAGUUGGUAAUGGAUAUGAUGAACAACAACUCAGGACUUUGACUGGGCCAUUGGCUGUUAAUAGAAUCAUGAAACUCAAGAAUUUUGAAGACUUAUCCAGUACGGUCACAUUGAAUAGUGAAUUUAUCAAUAAAGUGUGCAUGGACCCUGUCAGAGAAUGUAUAGAUGAAGAUGGAAACAAAAAGGAACCUGGUGACAAAUGGACAUUACUAGAUCAGUGCCACACUGUGACGUGCUUCCCGGGUAAUUACACGGUUUUGGAGAGUCACCAAAUUAAUUGUGAGAGGAUGCCAAAACCUGUGUGUCACAGCAAUCUUCCGGCUGUUAAGGUUGAAGAGACUUGUGGCUGCCGAUGGAUGUGUCCGUGUGUCUGUAUGGGAAGUUCAUCUCGACAUAUUGUCACUUUUGAUGGGCGUAAUUUUAAGCUCACCAGCAAUUGCUCCUACACCUUGUUUCAGCAUAUACAAGAUGAUGUUGAAGUUCUUCUCCAUGAAGGACCGUGCAGAGCUAUACCAAAGAUGAACUGUAUGGAUGCUAUUGAAGUGAAACAUCGUGGUGUAUCCAUUCAGCUCUUCAGUAAUAUGACAGUGGCUGUUGACGGUGAAAACAUUCAUAUUCCCUACUCAAGCAGUUUGUUUGAAGUCACUGUCUAUGGAGCAAUAAUGCACGAAAUCAAGUUCUCCCAUCUUUGCCAUAAUCUCACAUUUACUCCAAGAAAUAACGAAUUUAUUCUUAAACUUAAUCCAAAGAGCUUUUCUUCAGAAACACAAGGGCUUUGUGGAGUGUGUGACCAGAACCAUGCCAAUGACUUCAUGUUACGUGACGGCACGGUUAUUGCUAACAGUGAUGCGUUUAUUCAAGAAUGGACAGUGAAAGAGAUGGGGAAGGUCUGUGAAAUCCAGAGAGAAGAAGAGUGCUCUGAGCAUGCCACCAGUCAUUGCCACCUUCUGCUCUCUGAUCAGUUUUCAGCAUGCCACAGGAUAAUACCCCCAGACAUGUUCUUUGACGCCUGUGAAGAGAGCAGCUGCUAUGAGGAAGAAGCCUGUGAGAUGAUAACUUCUUAUGCUCACAUCUGCAGAGAAAAUGGGAUCUGCAUAGACUGGAGAACACCUGAGUUCUGUCCAAUGAAGUGUCCUGCAUAUUUGAUAUAUGAUCACUGUCACAAAGCUUGCAUAAAGAUCUGUGAGAAUAGUACCAGUCUCAGUGUCUGCAAAGAUUAUCCCACAGAGGGCUGCUUCUGUCCAAAUGGGCAGGUGGUUUUCAAUGACAGCUGUGUUGGUGAAGAAGUUUGCACACAAUGCACCAGUGAAGAUGGCACGCACCAUCAGCACAUGGAAAUAUGGAUUCCUUCCAGUGAGCCUUGCAAGAUCUGUACAUGUCUUGACAACAGAGAAGUAAACUGCACUCUUCGACCUUGCACUACUACCAAAACUGUGCAGUGUGGCCCCUGUGAAGUUCCUCGUCUGCGCAGGGACCCUAACCAGUGCUGCCCUGUGUAUGAGUGUGUCUGUGAUCUAGUUUCUUGUGAUUUGCCUCCUGUCCCUGACUGUGAGUUUGGCCUACAGCUUGCUCUGAUUAACCCUGGAGAAUGCAGACCGAAUUAUACAUGUGCUUGUAACAAAGAAGCGUGUAGUUUAGUUCAAAGACCUUUUUGCCCACCCCAUCGGGAGCUGACUGUUAAGAAGACGGAGUGCUGUGACAAAUAUGAGUGUACCUGCAGCUGCAGUAACUCAACAGUGAGCUGUCCUCUUGGGUAUUUAUCCAGAUCUCUCACCAAUGACUGUGGCUGCGUAUCUACUACUUGUGUUCCAGACAUGGUGUGUGUGCACAACAACGUUGUCUACCCCAUUGGGAAAACCUGGAAAAAUGGUUGCAAGGAAUGUUCUUGCACUAGUAUGAAAGAUGAUAUUACAGGAUUUCAGAUGAUGGAAUGUCAUGACAAAAUAUGUAACACAUUCUGCUCUCGGGGAUAUAACUAUAUUGUUCAAGACGGGGAGUGCUGUGGGCGCUGCCAGAAAACUGCCUGUGAAGAGCAACCAUUCUGGUCUCGGGGUGAUGCAGAUCCUCGUUUAUAUGAGGUUGGCACGGAGUGGCAAUCCCCCUUCAAUAAGUGCAUAAUUAAUGAGUGCGUCCGAGUGAAUGAUGAGGUUUUUGUGCAGAAAAAGAAUCUGUCCUGCUCUCAGAUGGAUGUACCUGACUGUCCAGAUGGAACUGAAUUACGCUGCGACCAAGUAAUAGACUGCUGUCCUACGUGCAGAUGUGUACCCGUGAAUGGUUGUCCUUUGAAUGGCACUGUUAUUGGGCCAUGGAAACGCAUGAUGGUGGAUCAAUGCACAACAUGCAUCUGCUCCCUCCAGUCAGUGUCUUCUCGGAGAUACAGUCUCACAUGUACAAAAUUCAGCUGUGAACCGUGCCCAACAAAUUACAGAAGGCAGGAAGUUUCUGGUUCUUGCUGUGGAAAAUGUGUGCCAACUUCAUGUGGCAUCAGACUGAGAGAUGGAAGGUUUCAGUACCUUCGGCCAAAUGAAUCACUUCAGGAUGGCUGUGAUAGUCACUUCUGUAAAAUAAAUGAGAAAGGGGAUUUUAUCUGGGAAAGGAGAAUCACUGGCUGUCCUCCAUUUGAUCCCAGAAGAUGUUUGGCUGAAGGUGGGAGAAUUGCAAAACUAGGCAAUACCUGCUGUGACACAUGUGUGGAAGAGGAAUGUCGACCAGUAAGUACCAGACUGCACUAUAAGAACGUCAAUGGAUGUGUGGGUGAAAAGGAAGUGCCUAUUUCUCAUUGUGAGGGUAAAUGUAGAAGCAAUACAAGAUAUUCCAUUCAGACAGAGAAAUGGGAAGAUACGUGCAGCUGCUGUACAGCCAUACAAACAACAACAGUUACCAUCCCACUCCACUGUCCCAAUGGCACAGUGGUACAGCAUUACAUCCCUUCUGCCUCUCAAUGUGAAUGCAGCUUGCGGAAGUGUACAGAGUGAAUAUUUUGAAGAAGCUCAAUGGUUUAAUCUUGAGUUUUAUGAUGAAGAACUUUACAAAGCAAGUCUCAUUUCCUCUCUGUAGCCAAUCUUAUCCAGUAGAAUUCUAAUUAAUUGUAUCAACAUAGCAAACAAUAAAACUUACUAGCACAACAGAAUAGUAUUUUCUGACUGUUACUGCUGUAGAAGUAAUAGACGUUACAUUGUUCCUUCAUAUUCAUAUAGAAAGUUAUUCUCAUUAAUACAAGAAAAUACCACAGUAACUGAAACAGUUGUUCCUACCCGAAGAACGUAACACAAAGCAUUUAGCGUUGUCUUUGAAGACGUUACACUUGCUUUCCCCACUUUAGACCUUAGCCACAAAUAGUAUGUAUUUCAUUUUUUGCUCUUAAUUCUCCCAUCCGGUCAGUGAGUACAGUGAUUAUUGUGCGAGACUUCACAGUAAGGGGGAGAUGUUCUUGAUACAGAAACAAUGUUGAUUAUGUCUCAGGCAAUCAAAUAUGUCUGCAAUACAAAUAUAUUUUUCUCCUUUAUCUGAACGCAGAGAAAUUAUGUGCUAAGUACUUAUGUACUGUAUGCAAAUCCUCAGUACCUGAGAAUGGGGCUGAGAGACAGCUCUUAACUAUCUACUUCAGUACUUCUACAGACCAGCCUGAAGAAAAAGCUCAUCAGUUAUCUCCCUUUAUUCCAGAUACUAGAAUUUCAUCUGUUGCAUUAGCUAAAAAAGUUAUUUCAAAUGUGAAAUUGUCAGGGGCAGGUUUAAGUUAUUGCUCCCAGAGAAAAAAAAUAACUAGAUUUAAAUGUCAUUUGAUCUAGUCACAGAAGAAAAAAUAUUUUCCAGAGAGUGAUUUCUGAUGGAAUUUAGUGCCAGUGAAGGACCUUUAUUGAGAAAUACUGACUUAAAAAUAAAAGUAUAGAAGAGGGAACUGUUCAUUUCAUUUGCAUUUUUGAAAGACAAGAAAUAUUUCAACUUGUUUUUGAACCAAGCUAACUUCUUUAAAAUUAGCUGGGAGGCUGGGGGAGCGUUUUGAAAAAAGCCAAAAUAUCCACAUUUUUGUGAUGACAUUAGUAAAGCUUGUAAAUAGACUGUGGGUUCAAAAGCAUAGUUUCUCCAGUUCUACAAGAAGUGUUCUUGAAAUAAUGGAAAGGUUGUACAGUCCUGAAGGAUAAGAGUGCUUCUGAGAAGUCUAGCUGAAAUGGUCAGGAAAUCAGGUUCAAAAUCACAGACCAAAAUAUGCAUCAAAAACAUAAAAUAACAUCCUUGUUAGGAAACUUAGAAAGUGUGGGAUGAUGAGUGAGCUGGAAUAAGAACUGGCUGAGUUGUGAUUAGUAGCACAGAGUCUGAGUAGGGGCCUAUAACACUGGUGUUCUCCGGAGGGAUCAUUGCUGGGUCUGGUCUUGUUUGAUGUCUUCAUUAAUGACCUGGAUGAAGGGAUAGAAUCUACCCUCAGCAAUUUUGUGGACGAUAUAAAGCUGUGAGAAGCUGUGCUGUCUUUCAACGAGACCUAGAUUGACUGGAGAGUUGGAUGGAAUGAUACCUGAUGAUGAUCAGUAAGAGCAAUUGUGGAGUCUUGCACCUGGGGAGGAAUAACUGCAUGCAUCAAUACAGGUGGAGAGGAGGUCUGCAGAGAAAGACCUAGGGGUCCUGGUGGACAACAGGAUGGCCAGCAGUGUGCCCUUGUCAGUGGUAAAAACAGUGUGGCUGGCAUGUUGAGGGAGGUGAUCCUCUUCAUCUACUCUGGCCUGGCAAGGCCACAUGUGGAAUAUUGUGCCCAGCCCUGGGCAUCCCAGUUCAAUGAAGAUGAGGAUCAUCUAGAAAGAGUCCAGUGGAAGGCCACAGGGAUGAUUAAGAUCUUGGAGCCUCUCUCUAACGAGGAAAGGCUGAGUCUGGGUCUCUUCAGUCUGGAGAAGAGAAAGCUGAGAGGGGAUCUCAUAGCUUUUUAUAAAUACCUUAAGUGUGGGAGUUGGGGACAGAUUCUUUUCAGUGGCAAACAUCAAUAGAUAAA